AUUCUCAGCUGGUCUGCCCAAGACCCCCUGAGCGCCAACCCUAGUCCCCCGCGCGGCCCCGUGUCCUCUCCAACAAGAUGAAAGAAACUAUCAUGAACCAGGAGAAACUCGCCAAACUGCAGGCACAAGUGCGCAUUGGUGGGAAAGGAACUGCUCGCAGAAAGAAGAAGGUGGUUCACAGAACAGCUACAGCAGAUGAUAAAAAACUUCAGUUCUCCUUAAAGAAGUUAGGGGUAAACAAUAUCUCCGGUAUUGAAGAGGUGAAUAUGUUCACAAACCAAGGGACAGUGAUCCACUUUAACAACCCUAAAGUUCAAGCCUCUUUGGCAGCGAAUACUUUCACCAUCACAGGCCACGCUGAGACCAAGCAGCUGACAGAAAUGCUACCCAGCAUCUUAAACCAGAUCGGUGCAGACAGUCUGACUAGUUUAAGGAGACUGGCUGAAGCUCUGCCCAAACAAUCUGUGGAUGGAAAGGCACCACUUGCUACCGGAGAGGAUGACGAUGAUGAAGUUCCAGAUCUUGUGGAGAAUUUUGAUGAGGCUUCCAAGAAUGAAGCAAACUGAAUUGAGUCAACUUCUGAAGAAGAUAAAACUUGAAGAAGUUACUGGGAGCUGCUAUUUUAUAUUAUGACUGCUUUUUAAAUUUUGUUCAUGGAUCUGACAAAAUCUCAGUCUCUAAUAUUUUUAAGCCCAACCCCCUUGGACACUGCAGCUCUUUUCAGUUUUUGCUUAUACACAAAUCAUUCUUUGCAGCUAAUUAAGGUGAAGAAGCUUGGGAAUAAAGUUUGAAGCAAAGGUUAAUAAAGUUCUUUGCCUAGUAUACACUUUUAUUUUUUAUUUCAUUGACACUUAUUUGUACACAGAAAGCAAAGUUGUUUGUAGAAAGCUAAUCAUGGUAUGUAAUAUGGCUAAUAAUUUUUGGAAUUUGAUUAAAGGUUUAACAUGAUAGUAUAAAGUAACAAAGGUGAUAUAAAGUUCUCAUGUUUGCAGACUUUUUUCUCCAGCAGCCCUCAGGGCUUCCCUGGUUUAUGUGAUGGGUGUAAUUAUAAGAUGAGAAUAGAUUAUUCCUUAGCGGGUGAGCAAAGGUUUUUUUUCCUCUUAAUAUUGUCUGUAUUGUAAGCAUUUUACUGAGUGCCUUAUGUAUUAUCAUACUUAAUUUUCUCAUUUAGUCCUCAAUCUAUGAAGUAGGAACUAGUAGCUCCAUUUUGUAGAUGUAACCGGAAGUUAUUUUUAAAAAAUGAAAGUAGUUAACUUCUUAACUCCCUUCUUGUCCUAUUAGAUACCUGAAUAAAAAGUA